CUCACCGAUCUUUCAUUUUGUGCUUCUUUUCCUUAAAUGGCUAUCCUCUCCGGAUAAACAUCCGUUUCCUGUUCAAGCGGUCAUGGAUCCAGCGACCGAUUCUCCUUCGACCAGCUCAUCGGUCAAGACCUCGAUCCCUGCCGUCCAUGCUUGUUCGAGCACCGCUCCUAGCUCCAUGAAUUACACCCCGCCUCGCGGGAAUACCCCCAAUCCCCGUCACUUGGCCAUCGCACUACACCAUGCCCGCCAUAUCCAAGCUCGCAAAGACACAGAAGCGGCAAUUCUAUCUUACAUUGAACUCCUGAUGACCUUGCCUAGCGAUCCUGAUGCGGACCCCGCGUCGCCAUCCGAAGAAGACGUGUCUACUUUCAAGUCGGCGCUGGUCCCGUUCCAGCCGUCAGAUUACGAUAAUUUGAUCCUGGAAAGGAACAUCGACGGGCGAUGCGGUUAUACACUUUGCCCCAAAGACCACAGAAAAGAGGACCCGAAAGCGAAAUUCCGCAUAGUGUGGGGUCCAAAGGGGAGUGGACCAGGCGGGCGUGGGAAGGAGAUGAAAGUCGUACCGAAAGAACAAUUGGAGAAAUGGUGCUCUGACAAAUGCGCUGAGCGGGCUCUCUACGUUCGCGUUCAGUUGAGCGAGGAACCGGCCUGGGAAAGGAUAGACAAGAAGAAUAUGAAUCUGCUCUUGUUGGAAGAAGGGAGGGAAGGCCACCAGAUAGAUAGGAAGGGCAAGCAGCCCGUUACGAGCAUGCCGACCGUGGAAGAUAAGUUUCGGAAUCUAAACAUCGGCUCUUCGAUAGAGGCGGAACAGGAUGCACUUGGCUGCCCGCCGGGUAGACUGACCGUGAAUGAUGGAGACAGUUCCAGAGUGCUGGCGAUGGAACGGGGUGACUCUCCUACAAUUGCGUCUGACAAGGAGAGGGUGCCUGUACGCAUCGUUGAAAAGGACUCAACAGCAGCGUCCGCGCCAACAUUGGAGUCGGGUAGCAUGCAGGGUGGUUCGAUUGAGGGAUUCCAUCCGCAACUGCAUACAUACCGCCCACGCACCGAAACAUCAUAUGACAACAAUCCUCUAGAGAACGAUGACAUGCUCUUUUAACCGUAACGACACCCAUGGCGUUUGUUGAUGCGAAAUACUCAUAGCAUAUUCGGAGUUUUUGAGCCGGUUGGGUUAAGGACUAAGAUCCAAUUUCGGAAAUGGCGCUUUGUUUCCAGGGCUUUUGAAAUUCUUUUAUGUACCUACCGUAAUCACCCUACAAAGCGACGCAGCCUCGGUGCAAGACGAGCCAAUCGUCCUUAGAGAAAAACAUGAGGGAUUCAUUUUGGCAA